AACCGCUCGCCAGUUGAAAGUUAUUGGACAAACGAAUUCAAACCGAAGAAGUCGUUGCUCGAUUGCUCGGUGGUGUGGUGAAUGCACAGCCGAGAGUUUGUUGUUUCUUGUUUGGCACAGAGCUGGAUAUACAGCGCAAUAAAAGGCGAAUUUUAACACUGUUAUAGUUCGAUAUAUAAGCUGCAUUUACCAUGGCGUUGAGAAGUCGACCGGCCCUUGUGAAUAUUGGGAAUCAGGAGAAUGUCGCAAAUGCUAAAGCUAAGGCCCUGGGUCUUGGACAUACCAAAAGAUCAGCAUUGGGUGAGAUAGGCAACAAAGUGAACAAUUUGCGUGGCACAAGACCAAUGUGCAAGGCAGGCAUUCAACAUGACUUGCCAAAGAAGACAACAGCGAAACCAGCCACCUUAGAAAGUCUGAAGCUGACGGAAAAGCCACACGUUGAGCUGGCCAAGCAACUCGUUAGAAAUGAACCCUCAUCCCCACUCGUCAGACCUUCGAUUGAACAAACUCCACCGCCUGCACACCAGCAGCAAACACAACAACCGGAUCAGGUUGAAAAGGUGUCGUUUUCCUCAGACCUUUUGAUAGAGGACAUUGACCAAGACGACAGUGGAAAUCCCAUACUUGUGUCAAUAUAUAGCAAUGAUAUAUAUGCACACCUCCGUGACCUUGAGCGGCAAACUCCUGUGGAACGAGAGUUCUUAACUGGGCAACAAGUCACUCCGAAAAUGAGAAGUGUUCUUGUCGAUUGGCUUGUUGAGGUUCAUCAACAGUUCCACCUCACUCAGGAGACGCUCUAUCUGACAGUUGCGAUACUUGAUCGAUUCCUUCAGGCGUACAGGAGUAUAGACAGAAAGAGGCUACAGCUGGUGGGUAUAACGGCAAUGUUCGUUGCAAGUAAAUACGAGGAAAUGUAUUCCCCAGACAUAAACGACUUUGUUUAUGUAACGGAUAAUGCCUAUUCAAAGCUGGAGGUCCUGCAGAUGGAGAUGGUGAUGUUGCGAACUCUGAAAUACUCUUUUGGACGGCCCCUGCCCCUGCAAUUCCUGAGAAGAUAUAGCAAGGCGGGAAAGGCCUUAGCAGUCCAUCACACAAUGGCUAAAUAUUUUCUGGAGCAGGGUCUAAUCAAUUAUGACAUGUGUCACUACCCGCCCAGUCUCGUUGCAGCUGCAGCGUUGUACCUCUCACUUUUCCUGAUUGGUAGCGAAGAAGAUGCAGAGGAAGGAAAACUCGUCUGGACGCCGACUCUAGUACAUUACAGUACGUACAAAGAGGAGCAGGUACUACCAGUUGUCAGAGAAAUAGCUUUGUAUAUCAUAAAUGUUGAAAAAUCAAAGCAUCAAGCUGUGAGAAAGAAGUACACCCAGUCAAAGCACAUGAAAAUAAGUUUGCGUUCAGAGCUAAAAUCACCGACGAUGUACGACCUGGCGACAACCAAGAGGCAAGACUAGACACGUGGUACUGUGUAUAAUGUGUGUGAGAAAAUUGAUAAUAUAAUUUAAAGAAGAAUUCUACAUUCUUCCUUUAACGCAGGACACGGCGAUAUUAGUAUUUGUCGAGCAACAAAAUGUUGCUGAGCGUACGUCAUUUCGCCUGUGCGUUAUUAGAUAGCUCAAAAAAAGAAACAAUUUUCUUUUCAAAUGCAUUCGCGUUUCGAUGAAUGGAAAAGACUUCUUUUUAAAUAUCGAUGGAAAGAGUGAAUGAGUAAUAGCAAUGCUAAAAUAAAGCGGACACAAGAAAAAUAAUUCAGAAGCCACAGACAUUGAUAAAUUAAAAUUCUUAUCGCGAUUAAAACAACAUUGGUGAUUUUUCAUGCUCGAACUCUUUACAAUUAUUAUUAAUAUUAUUUUUCUUUGUUUUGAUUAUAUAUAUAUAUAUUAUAUCAGGUAUUAUACUAUAAUAUUUUAGUUUUUAUUAGUCUGCUAUUGUAACGUAAUUAUCUUUUUAUACGCGCACCACAAUUAUAUUUUAAUAUUUUACGACAGAGAGAAAUAAGAAAAACCAAUCAACCAAUUGGAUGUUGAUGUUCAUGAUACUAGCGCACUUUUCUCAAAAACUUGUGACCCCUAAUGGUAACACGGAUUUUGUGAUUAUAGCGAUAUAAGUUAGAAGAAACCAUUUGAACAAUACCGGUGAGUCUGUUGAAAUAGUAGGUAACUAAAGCAUGACAUUGGAAUGAUUCCAGGAUUUAUGAAUUGGCGUGAUCAAACUAUAACGUAUCUACAGAGUGACCCAGGAUUAUCGCCCCAUAGGCUAUCAAUGUAUUCCUCGUGAAAAUCUGCAACUGAAACAUUUUUUAUCUUAGUCAUCGAAAAUUUAACGCCUGAGAAUUAUAGACUCUUGAAAUUUGCCGAUCUGGUAGCAUCUGAUGACUAAAUAAGGCUGGCGAAGCGUCAUUUGACCAUCAUGUGCCCGACACCUGUCCUGAACAAUCAGAUGUUACCAAAUUGGCUAAUCUCAAACGGCUGUAAGCCGCAAAUGACAAAUUUCCUGUUAAAUGUGAAAAAUCUUUCAGUUGCAAAUUUUCUUGGGGAACAUAUUGACAGCCUGUGGGGUGAUAAUCUUGGGUCAGCCUAUAUAUGUGACGUCACGCUUACCUUGUGGAUUGUUUCUAAUUUUCUAGUAAAAAUUACGUAUUGGAAUUCAUUAUCCGAACUGAGUCAGGUAAUAAAAUAUUACUAUCCACAUCAUCUAAUGCUUAUUUUUUUCCUACAAAAUGUAAUCACUUGUCUGCAUGAAUAUUACUCAAAAAUUAAAUGAUUGGUCGCUUGUCGCACAGUUUGAGGUCAAUGAAAUAUGGAACUCCUUGAACCCUCCGUUGAACUUCUGCGUGUCCAGAGACGU